UUGACCGUUUUCAAGAGGCUGGUGUGACCACAGUUGGACACGAUGCACAUAAUCCUGUCACAAGGAAAAUCCUGGGGCUUGAUGCCAACGCCCUUUAUUUAUGGUGUACAGCUCAAGAGAUGGCCUCCGGGCUAUACAUUCGAAGAAGGGCGGCUGACAACUUCCGCAAAGAAUAUCCUAGCCCGAUCUCUAUGGUGGCAACGGAAUGGUUGGCUGAUGUUGAGCAUCGGGAAAACAUCUCAAUACAACAUGUCAGAAACACAGGGGAGUACAGAAUCGGCGCCAGGAGACUCGCUGUCGAUGGUUACCACAGGGAGACGAACACAGUUUACCAGUUUCAAGGGUGCUAUUUCCAUGGCUGCCCUUCCUGCAAGAAAGAUAAUCGCGACGUCAAAGUCAGCGGCAGAACUUUGAAUGAAAAAUUCAAAAAGACGAAAGAGAUUAGUGAUUACAUCAGGAAGCUGGGUUAUACCCUGGUGGAAAUGUGGGAAUGCUCGUGGACUCAAUACAAGAAAGGGCAUGAUAUUCACAACCGCUACGUCUAUACCACUGAACACCUGUAUAGAAUGACUAAAGACAGGAUACUCGAAGAAAUCUUGAACGGACACCUAUUUGGUGCGGUUCAAUGUGACUUGAGGGUUCCUGAUCACCUCAAGGCUCACUAUGCAGAAAUGCCUCCUAUCUUUAAAAAUACCACCGUGACGGCAGAUGAUAUCGGUGAACAUAUGACUGAAUUCCUCCGUUCAACGGGGAAAUCUUUCAAGCCGACUCGAUAUUUAAUCGGGUCAAUGUUUGCCGAGAAGAUUCUGAUAAUCACGCCGUUAUUGAUUUGGUACGUUCAGCAUGGGCUUGAGGUGACGGAUAUCCAUCAAGUCAUAGAAUUCGCACCCAGCAGGUGCUUCAAAUCCUUUGCUGACAACGUAUCGGAAGACAGGAGGGCUGGUGAUCAAGAUCCGGCCUUGAGAGUUGUAGCUGAGACCAGUAAACUAAUAGGGAACAGCUUCUAUGGAUAUACGAUAAUGAACAAGAGCAAGCACGUCAAGGUGGACGUAGUGGAUCAGGAGACUGCCGCAGAUCUCAUUAACGGCCCCCGCUUCUCCGCCUUGGAUGAGCUUUCAGAUAACUGCUACGAGGUAACAUCGAGAAAGAAGAGUAUACGUCACAAUCUUCCUAUCCAGAUUGGUUUUUUCGUUUACUCCUAUGCAAAGUUAAGAAUGCUCUCUUUUUACUUUGAUGUGCUCGUGAGUUACAUCCCUCGACCGUACUUCUCUCUUUGUGAGAUGGAUACGGACUCGCUGUACAUGGCACUUGCAGCUGACACGCUGGAUGAGCUCAUAAAACCUGAGCUCAGGCAAGAUUGGGCUCAGAUAAAGUUGCAGUGGUUUCCUCGUACAGAUACCGAAGAACACGCGGCUUACGAUAGGAGGACGCCAGGGUUAUUCAAAGUAGAGUGGAGCGGAGGUGGCUUUGUUGGACUUUCGGCUAAAACCUAUUUCUGUUUCGAACCUGAUGCCAAACAGAAAGAGAAGUGUUCGACAAAAGGCAUCAACAAGGCAGCUCAGGUCACUAUAGAGCAUUUCCGUUCAGUUCUGCAAACGAAGCAAAGUGUCAGCUCAACAAACAGAGGCUUCAUAGUCAAGAACAACACCAUGUUGAGCUAUCGAAUGGAAAGAAAGGGCUUGAGCUACUUUUACUGUAAAAGGAAGAUACUUGAUGACGGCAUCAGUACCACUUUUUUAGACAUUUGAUGUAUCUCACAUCGGUUUUGUAUACAGUAUAUGUAAAUUUGUAAUUGGAAGCUGUAGUUUCAUUCUAUUUUUGUCUUUGUGUAAAACUGAUGUUUACAUCCUUUGAUAUUUUACGCUGAUUGGUCUUAACCUUGAUCACGUGACUCGAUAGAAACCCUACUCCAUAUUAGAAGGCAAUGUUCCCUUGUUAUACCAUAAAUGGUAAUCUGUAGUUCGACCACCUGUGGUCGACUACCUGUGAUCACGUGACAACGCCAACUAGCCAACCAGAUUCACAAAAACGAAUAUAAAUCACGUGAC